GUAUUUGAUCGCUGAAGACAUAACAAUGACUGUGAAUGAGUGGAUGAGCGGAGACGCGGCCCAAAAGACCCACACAUUGGCCGUCACUCGUGAUUACAUAUCACAGCCGCGGCUCACAUACAAGACUGUGACCGGAGUUAACGGUCCGCUCGUUAUCUUAGAUGACGUAAAGUUCCCGAAGUUCUCGGAGAUCGUGAGACUAACUUUGGCCGACGGAACCCAACGCACGGGACAAGUGCUCGAAGUGAGCGGUUCUAAGGCUAUCGUUCAGGUCUUUGAGGGCACCUCUGGUAUCGACGCCCGACACACGGUCUGCGAGUUCACAGGCGAUAUUCUGCGAACUCCAGUGUCAGAGGAUAUGUUGGGCCGAAUCUUCAACGGUUCCGGUAAACCCAUAGAUCGAGGGCCGCCUGUUUUGGCCGAAGACUAUCUCGAUAUCCAGGGACAGCCCAUUAACCCCGAAUCGCGCACAUAUCCCGAAGAGAUGAUCCAAACGGGCAUUUCUGCCAUCGAUGUCAUGAAUUCUAUAGCUAGAGGUCAAAAGAUCCCAAUCUUUUCGGCUGCGGGUCUUCCGCACAAUGAGAUCGCGGCGCAGAUCUGUCGACAGGGAAGUCUUGUGAAGCACGCGGGAAGUGAUAUCGUGGACGACAACUUCGCCAUCGUGUUCGCGGCGAUGGGUGUGAAUAUGGAAACGGCCAGAUUCUUCAAACAGGACUUCGAGGAGAACGGAUCCAUGGAAAACGUCUGCCUUUUCCUCAACUUAGCCAACGACCCAACCAUUGAGCGCAUUAUAACACCGCGUUUGGCGCUGACAGCGGCCGAGUUCUUAGCCUAUCAGUGCGAGAAACACGUUCUCGUCAUCCUUACUGAUAUGUCUUCUUACGCCGAAGCCUUACGUGAAGUGUCGGCCGCUCGAGAGGAAGUUCCCGGUAGACGUGGUUUCCCCGGUUAUAUGUACACCGAUUUGGCCACUAUUUACGAGAGGGCCGGUCGUGUGGAGGGAAGGACCGGAUCUAUUACACAAAUUCCAAUCCUAACGAUGCCUAACGACGACAUAACGCAUCCAAUUCCCGAUCUGACGGGUUAUAUCACUGAAGGACAAGUCGCUAUUGACCGACAACUGCAUAACAGACAGAUCUAUCCACCUAUUAAUGUAUUGCCGUCUUUGAGUCGUCUCAUGAAGUCUGCGAUCGGAGAGGGAAUGACACGUAAAGAUCACGCGGACGUCUCUAAUCAGUUGUACGCGUGUUAUGCGAUCGGCAAAGACGUACAGGCGAUGAAGGCUGUGGUCGGAGAGGAGGCGCUCACUCCCGAAGACUUGUUGUAUUUGGAAUUCUUAGGCAAAUUCGAGAAGAACUUUAUAUCACAGGGCAAUUAUGAGAACCGAACGGUCUUCGAGUCGUUGGACAUCGGAUGGCAAUUGCUUAGGAUUUUCCCGAAAGAGAUGUUGAAACGUAUCCCACAGUCAACGUUGACUGAGUUCUACCCGAGACAGACGGGCGCCGGCGUCGCGAUGGCCACCGCUUCGACCAAAAAGCACUAAAUUUGACAAUUAAUUAAUUCCAUUAUAUUUUUAUCCAAUUAUGUGUGGGUUUAAGGAUUCCAGUACUAGUCGAGAGUUUAUUGAUUUCAAAUAAACAUUAUUUCAUUAAUUAAUUCCAGCCAAGAACUCAAUAAUAAUUAAAUUAAACUUAUAUUAAAGUUAUAUAUCAAACAAAUUAAUACAUAAG